AUGGAAGAGGGUCACAUCUUUACGCUUCUUAUCUUCUCGGAGGCUAAUCUCUCAUCCAUUUCUAUUAUCAAGUUGACUCUAUUGGAGUUUGAGCAGCUUUCAGGCCUCAAAGCUAAUCCUUCCAAGAGUUCUUUUUAUUGCUUUGGGGUCUCGGCUAGAUUGAAAGACACCUUGCUGGAGGAUUUGCAGAUGAAGGAAGGGAAGCUCCCUGUUCUGUACUUGGGAGUCCCUCUAAUCUCCUCAAAUCUUUUUGCUGUUGAUUGUAGAAUGCUUCUGCAGAAGAUCUCUGGCUGUUUGGACUCAUGGACUUCUAAAAACCUAUCUUUUGCAGAGAGGCUACGAUUGCUCUCUUCUGUUUUAUACAGUUUUCAUGUCUAUUGGAUGGGUAUUUUUAUCCUUCCCAAGAAGAUUUUGAAGGACAUAAAUCAGAAGUUUAAUAGGUUUUUGUGGAAUGGUAAGGAUGGUUCGUCUGCUAAGGCUAAAAUGGCUUGGAAUGAGCUUUUUUACCAGAAGAAAGAGGGUGGGCUGGGCUUGAAGGAUUUGGAUGCUUGGAACAAGUCUUCUACACUGAGACAUAGUUGGAGAAAACUCCUGAAGUUGCAUGGGAUUGCAAAGAAUUUUCUUAAACAUGAAGUGGGAGAUGGGAAGCUCAUUCAUUUGUGGAUUGAUAAUUGGCAUCCUUCUGGUGUUUUGGUGGAGAGAUAUGGCUACAGAAUUGUGUAUGACUCUCAGAGUAGGUUGGAUGCUAGGCUGGAGUCGGUCCUUAGAAAUGGAAAUUGGUGCUGGAAACCUGCUCGCUCUGACUCUUUUGUGGAAAUUCAAAGUAGACUGCCCGAAAUCCGGGUUGGUGCUUUUGAUAAACCUAUCUGGACGAUUUCUAGAAAUGGCUCCUAUACUUGUGCUGACACUUGGGAUUUCUUGCGGAAGAAGAAGAUUGUUGUGGAGUGGUGGUCUCUUGAAGUGAUUUUGGAAGGUUGUAGGAGUCGGAGAACUAAAUCCAUGUUCGGUGUUGUCUGCAGAUUGGUGUUUAGCUCUACUGUCCAUGGGAUUUGGAGAGCUAGAAAUGAGAUUAAACAUGUGGGCCAUCCCCGUACAGAGGAGCAAAUUUUGAAGCUGAUUAUAUGGGAGGUAAGAUCCUGGAUUGCAAGUAAAGGGAAGUUUCAGGAGAAUGAGGAAAAUACCAGCCUCUGUCAUAGAUGGAAUAUUGAUGUUUCUAUUUUGUUUUGA